UCCUCACCAAACAAGCAUAAAAAAACCCUGUACAUUAUUUUAAUCUGUUAAUGGAUAAAGUUCAUCUGUAAUAUUAUUAUGAUAAUUUUUGAAGCAAACUGCUUGGUGCCACAGUAUACUCAUUUCAUUUUUGUUAUUUAUAAAUCAAUGAUUCUUUACCUUUCUGAACCCAAAAGGAUGCUCCAGGAUGAAAGAUUUCUCAUUUGCAUUUCUAUCCUCACUCUCUAUCACAAAUAAUGCUGAUCCUGCAGACUAUUCCUGAGCUAUGUACAAAUGGAUAUUAAGGUGAGCUUAAAUUCACAUAAUUUUCAUUUGUGACCUGACUCUUGGGGUUAGAAGACUAAUAAAACAUAAGCCACUUCUCUUGCCUUAUGGAGUUGAAAAGGAAAUGGAGAGAUUAAUGAAAAGACUGAUCAGGAUUGGAAACUAGGAAUAAAUAGAGUAAGUUUCCUCCCUGGAUCCCACGCCUCCUCCAUAAACAUUUAUUAAGGAUCUACUACGAAUCAAAUCCUGAAAAAGUCAAAGAAGAAAACAGUCACGUUACAUGCAAAGCUUUAUCAGUUUUGUGAACUGAAAUCAGAUUUUAGUUGUAAAGAAUCUUCAACUAUACGUAGCACAUGAAGUUAAAUAUGCAAUCAUGACGUUUGAUUGUAAUAGAGCUUCGCGCAUUUCCCUGUCACUUCAAAAACUAUGGUAAAAGGACUACAAGAGCUUCACGCCCACGUGGUCUUCUUGCAAUCACUGCUCGCACUCCAACAUUUGCAGUAAUUUCAGAUUAGGAGCCUAGCAUUUUUGUUAUAAUACAAACCUUUCGGCUCCCCACUCCUUUCCGCCUUGAUGUAAGCGUAAAAAAACAGUUUUACUGGGCGAACAGGGCCGAGGGAGGUAAGGAAGGAAGGGAGAGACGAAAGGAGGGAGGUAUGGAGGGAGGGAAGGACGGAAGCAGGGAAUGAAACGAAUGGAGGAGAGAAGCUGUCCUUUUUCCCAUUUGUUUUCGGUUUCCUGCCCGCUUCUCCGCCAGCUGCCCAGUAGCAUCUCCUCCUGGCUUGGUGCCCGGCCCCGCCCCCUAGCGUCGGAGCCAGGCAGCCAGGGGAUGGCGCGUAUCUCUUUAAAUGACAGCUGUGGCUCGGGUCCCAGUACCCGGCUUGACGUCAGUGCCGCCUCCCAGGCUGCAAGGAGUAGUUAGCGCCGCCGUCCGCGCUCGGGGCUCGAGGCGCUCUCGCAAGCUGCCGGGGCGGCGAGUUUUCUUUGCUCCGGCCCCUCCUCCCGCCCUCCCCGCGGAGAGCCGAGCGCAGCCCGGGAGCCUCUUGCAAGUCUCUCUCACACUUCCCCGCCGUCGCCCCAGAGGAGCAGCCGCUCCUCCUCGCGCCGCCACCCCGCCGCCGCGCCCGCGGAGCUCCUCUCCCGCGCUUCACUCCCUCGAUGGAGCCCGGGCGCCGCCGCCGCUGCCCCGAGCCCUGAACCGGGCCGCCCCGGCCGGAGGAACGUGCCGCCCGGCCCGAAGGUGCACCAGGCGCGCAGGGCGCGGGCUUCGGCAACGAGAAAGUGCUGCUCUCCCGGGUCACCUGGCCGGCGGCGGGGGGACCAUGGCUUUGAAGGACACGGGCAGCGGCGGCAGCACCAUCCUGCCCAUUAGCGAGAUGGUCUCCUCGUCCAGCUCGCCCGGCGCGCCGGCAGCCGCCGCCCCCGGGCCCUGCGUGCCCUCGCCCUUCCCCGAGGUGGUGGAGCUGAACGUGGGAGGCCAGGUCUAUGUGACCAAGCACUCGACGCUGCUCAGCGUCCCGGACAGCACUCUGGCCAGUAUGUUCUCGCCUUCUAGCCCCCGGGGCGGCGCCCGACGCCGGGGCGAACUGCCCAGGGACAGCCGGGCGCGCUUCUUCAUCGACCGGGACGGCUUCCUCUUCAGGUACGUGCUGGAUUAUCUGCGGGACAAGCAGCUCGCGCUGCCCGAGCACUUCCCCGAGAAGGAGCGGCUCCUGCGCGAGGCCGAGUACUUCCAGCUCACCGACCUGGUUAAGCUGCUAUCGCCCAAGGUCACCAAGCAGAACUCGCUCAACGACGAGGGCUGCCAGAGCGACUUGGAGGACAACGUCUCGCAGGGCAGCAGCGACGCGCUGCUGCUGCGCGGGGCGGCGGCCCCCGCGCCCUCGGGCCCCGGAGCGCACGGCGGCGGCGGUGGCGGCGGCGGCGCGCCGGACAAGCGCUCGGGCUUCCUCACGCUGGGCUACCGCGGCUCCUACACCACCGUGCGCGACAACCAGGCGGACGCCAAGUUCCGGCGUGUGGCGCGCAUCAUGGUGUGCGGGCGCAUCGCGCUGGCCAAGGAGGUCUUCGGGGACACGCUCAACGAGAGCCGCGACCCCGACCGGCCGCCCGAGAAGUACACGUCCCGCUUCUACCUCAAGUUUACCUACUUGGAGCAGGCGUUCGAUCGCCUGUCCGAGGCCGGCUUCCACAUGGUGGCGUGUAACUCCUCGGGCACCGCCGCCUUCGUCAACCAGUACCGCGACGACAAGAUCUGGAGCAGCUACACCGAGUACAUCUUCUUCCGACCACCUCAGAAAAUAGUGUCACCUAAACAAGAACAUGAAGAUAGGAAACAUGACAAGGUCACAGAUAAAGGAAGUGAAAGUGGGACUUCCUGUAAUGAGCUCUCCACUUCCAGUUGUGACAGCCACUCAGAAGCGAGCACUCCCCAGGACAACCCACCCAAUGCCCAGCAGGCAACAGCUCACCAACCUAACACCUUAACAUUGGAUCGCCCUUCCAAAAAAGCACCUGUGCAAUGGAUGCCCCCACCAGACAAACGCAGAAACAGUGAACUCUUUCAGACGCUCAUCAGCAAGUCCCGGGAAACAAAUCUUUCAAAAAAGAAAGUCUGUGAGAAGCUAAGUGUGGAAGAAGAAAUGAAAAAGUGUAUUCAGGAUUUUAAAAAAAUCCACAUUCCAGAUUAUUUUCCAGAGCGCAAACGCCAGUGGCAGUCUGAACUGUUACAAAAGUAUGGGUUAUAGUAAUUAGCACAUUCCUGCAGUAUUUCGAUGACAUUCAAUGUUUACUACUGUGUCACCACCUGACUGUGUCCUAACAAUGGUCAGUGUGAUUUCUUGCUGCUCUUCCUUUUUGUGAACAGUGGAUGUGGGACAGUAUUUUCUUUCAUCCUUUUUUGUUGUUGUUUUUAGAAAAAUGACUAAAAAGAAGAAAACCAAUAAAUGUUGAAUCAAAAUGGUAUAUCUGAUCAAACCAUUUUUGCAAGAAUGAAAGUAAAAUGUGCAUGAUCAAGAAACUUAGAAUCUUGAUUUUUGAACUGUGGUCAACUGGAUAUGUUUGUCAUUUUGUAACUCACCAAAAACAAAUCAUCAUAUCACUCCAAUUAAAAUGACAAUAUGGAUGAAGCAACAUCAAGUAAAAUGUUAAAUGAUGGUUUGGGGACCCAAAUCUCAAACUGUUUAGAUGUUAAUGCAAUAAAACAAGUAUUAUUUUUGCAUGAGCACAAUGUUACAAAUAACACAAGACAUAGGGAAGAUCUGUUUGUUGCUUGGGAAGAAAAAUAAUUACAAAAAAAUAAAGAAAAAAUAUGUUUCAGGCGAAGCCUAUAAAUGUAAGCUGUCUAGGAGACUGAAUUUCCUUUGUUCUGGAUCUGUGAUUUUUUUUGUGUAUGUGUAUGGUAUUCUGUGUGUUAAGACGGUGUAAAUAUGCCUUAUACUGUUGUGUUAUGGCACUGACAUUCAUCUAUUAAAGCUGGUUAUGAUUAUUUCUGUGAAAUGAGUCCUCACAUCAGGCUGUGAAAAUUGGUGUAAUGAUGCUCGGAAAGAUCCUAUUAUCAUGUUAAUCAAAAUGAUUGAGGGAAAUGGUAAAGAGCUUUAUGUAUUUAUUAAAAAAAGAAAAUAUGUGA